AUGUAAUUGGUGGGGGAAAUUGACUUGCCACUAUAUAUAUACUGCUGAGUCAACUUGGCGAGGACUUGAAAAGAUCGGCACGAGGAAAUGUAGGGCGACAUUAUAAAUAUGAGACCAACCCACUUGAUAGCCUUGUCCCAAAAUCACACAGAAGAGAAGGCUUUUGGUUUCAACAAUAAAUAUAAAUCGCUCGGUGUUCUAGAGUUUUGUGAUCUUUUUUCAGUAAAAUAUUAGUAUUUGGUAGUGUUUAAUUAGAUAACACAGAAAGAGAGACAGAGGAAAGGACAAGGAGAAUGGCGGAUAGAGUGGAGAAGACAAAUAUAAACCUCAAAGGAGAAUCCAUGCCUGCCUUUAUGGGCGAGAAUGCGUCUAUUGAUUGGAGAGGCAGACCCUGCAAGUCUAAUAAGCAUGGCGGAAUGACUGCUGCUGUUUUUGUCCUAGGUCUCCAAGCAUUUGAGAUGAUGGCAAUUGCUGCAGUUGGGAACAAUCUGAUAACUUACGUGUUAAAUGAGAUGCACUUUCCUCUGUCGAAGUCUGCAAACAUAGUAACAAACUUUAUAGGGACAGUCUUUCUCCUCUCACUGCUUGGUGGGUUCCUCUCAGAUUCUUACCUUGGGAGCUUUUGGACCAUGUUGAUCUUUGGCUUUGUGGAGCUCUCUGGUUUUAUACUACUUUCUGUUCAAGCCCAUCUUCCACAGUUAAGGCCACCCAAAUGCAACAUGAUUUUGGAGGGAGGCCACUGUCUGGAGGCAAAGGGCUACAAGUCUCUGUUUUUCUUUCUUGCACUCUACUUGGUGGCUUUAGGAAGUGGGUGCUUAAAACCCAACAUAAUUUCCCACGGGGCUGACCAAUUCAGAAAAGAUGACUCCAAACAAUCCAAAACACUCUCCACUUACUUCAACAUCGCCUACUUUGCCUUCUGCAUGGGCGAGCUUGUUGCGCUCACUGUUCUUGUUUGGGUCCAAACGCAUUCUGGAAUGGAUGUUGGCUUUGGAGUCUCAGCAGCUGCCAUGGCGAUGGGAUUGGUCAGCUUGAUUUCAGGGACGACUCUUUACAGGAAUAAUCCAACCCGCGGAAGUAUCUUCACCCCAGUUGCUCAGGUUCUUGUUGCUGCAUUUACAAAGAGAAAGCAAGUCUGCCCUUCAAAUACAGGGAUGCUUCAUGGAAGCCAAAACAACGUGCCAAACCAUGGUUUUGCCACGUCGCCUAACAUCAUCAGUGCUAAUAAUCUCCUCCAUACCGAAAAGUUUAGAUUCCUUGACAAGGCCUGCAUCAAAAUUCAAGACAGCAAUGGAGCAAGUGAAAGUCCAUGGAGACUAUGCACCGUGGGGCAAGUGGAGCAAGUGAAGAUAAUUAUCUCAGUUAUUCCCAUAUUUGCAUGCACCAUCAUCUUCAACACCAUUUUAGCACAGCUCCAGACGUUCUCAGUCCAACAAGGAAGCGCAAUGAACACCCGGAUCACAAGGAGCUUCCACAUCCCUCCAGCUUCGCUUCAAUCCAUCCCUUACAUUAUGCUUAUCUUUGUUGUCCCUCUUUAUGAAACUGCUUUUGUACCAAUUGCACGAAAAUUCACAGGAAGGGACUCAGGAAUCUCACCUCUUCAAAGGGUUGGCGUGGGGCUGUUUGUUGCCACCUUCUCUAUGGUUUCAGCUGCAAUGGUUGAGAAAAAGAGAAGAAACACGGCUUUGCAUUUGAAUGAAACUCUCUCCAUCUUUUGGAUUGCCCCGCAGUUUCUCAUCUUUGGCCUGUCUGAGAUGUUCACGGCUGUGGGGCUAAUAGAGUUUUUCUACAAGCAGUCCGUGGAAGGGAUGCAAUCCUUUCUUACUGCCAUGACUUACUGCUCAUACUCUUUUGGCUUCUAUUUGAGCUCCCUCCUUGUUUCCCUAGUCAACAAAAUUACCUCAAAAUCUUCUGGUGGCUGGCUUAGUCACAAUGACCUCAACAAGGAUAGGUUGGAUCUUUUUUAUUGGGUUUUAGCUGCCCUCAGCAUCAUCAACUUCUUCACUUACCUUUUCUUGUCUAAAUGGUACUUCUAUAACCCAUUGGUAUCACCCUCUCCACAACCAGAUCAUCAUCAGUCAUAUGGACAAGAAGACCCAGAAAUCCACAGGUUCAACACCUCCAAGCAAGUUGAAGCUGACAAUAUUAUUUUACCUUGAGCCACAGGCCCACAGUAGCUAGUUAUCUCUCUGAUUAAUGAUUAUUCCUUGACCUAGACCUAUCUCGAUCUUACGCUUGUGUAUGUAUCAAAUUAAGUAAAUGAAAACCCUAGACCAAGAUUAGGCUUAGGUGCCGUAAAAAGCAUUUGUGAUGUAGUUUUUUCAACGGUUUAUAUUGACAUCCAAGUUUUUCUUGCGAAAGAGUAAGAGAAUGAAA